GUUCCCUUAUUCAGGUCCCUUCAGUUGAGAGGGGAAAACUUAGUAAAGUUCGUCUGGGAUCAUUAUCUUUGAAGAAAGAAGGAGAAAGGCAGUGCUUCUUAUUUACAAAACAUUUUUUAAUUUGCACAAGAAGUUCAGGAGGAAAACUGCAUCUUCUCAAGACAGGAGGUGUUCUGUCUUUAAUAGAGUGCACACUGAUCGAGGAGACAGAUGCAAGUGAUGAUGAUUCAAAAGGUUCUGGACAAGUGUUUGGACAUCUUGAUUUCAAGCUUGUAGUUGAACCUACAGAUGCUCCUCCAUUUACUGUUGUCCUUUUAGCCCCAUCACGACAGGAGAAAGCUGCAUGGACAAGUGAUAUAAGUCAGUGCAUUGAUAAUAUAAGGUGCAAUGGUUUAAUGACCAUAGUGUUUGAAGAAAACUCUAAAGUCACAGUGCCACAUAUGAUCAAAUCUGAUGCUCGCCUUCACAGAGAUGACAUUGAUAUCUGCUUCAGCAAAACAUUAAAUUCCUGCAAAGUACCCCAAAUCCGUUAUGCAAGUGUCGAGCGUCUUUUGGAGCGUCUAACAGACCUGCGAUUUCUAAGUAUUGAUUUUCUGAAUACUUUCCUACAUACUUACCGCAUAUUUACUACUGCAGCUGUUGUGCUGGAAAAACUUUCAGACAUAUACAGACGGCCAUUCACUUCCAUCCCUGUCAGGUCUUUGGAGUUAUUCUUUGCUACCAGUCAAAACAGCAGAGGAGAGUACCUGGCUGAUGGGAAGUCACCGCAUCUCUGUCGCAAGUUUUCUUCUCCUCCUCCAUUGUCACUCUCCAGAACAUCCUCACCUGUCAGAACCCGAAAACUGUCGUUGACUUCACCACUGAAUUCAAGGAUUGGUGCCCUUGACCUCUCUACUUCAUCUGUGGUGAGCAGUCCUACCUCGACCUACAGCCCAGCCACUUCCCCGCCACCAACAGGUAGCAAAGUACCACUGGACCUCAGCAAAGGGCCCAUCUCUCCUGAGCAAAGCCCUGGCUCCAUAGAAGACAGUUUGGAGAACCCUCGUGUUGACCUCUGUAACAAGCUGAGGAGAAGCAUUCGAAGAGCAGCAGUUCUAGAGUCUGUGUCAGUGGACCGGACAAUUCCUGAAAGCAGCUCAGCAAUGGAUAGCACAGAGGUUUCCCCAUGUAGAUCCCCUUCGACACCACGUCAUCUCCGCUAUCGUCAACCAGGAGUACAAACUGCUGACAAUAGCCACUGUUCAGUUUCUCCUGCUUCUGCUUUUGCUAUUGCUACAGCUGCAGCAGGGCAUGGGAGUCCACCAGGAUUUAACAAUUCUGAACGCAUGUGCGACAAAGAGUUCAUAAUACGCAGAGCAGCCACAAAUCGCGUCCUAAAUGUCUUGCGCCACUGGGUCUCCAAGCAUUCUCAGGAUUUUGAGCUGAAUAACGAGUUGAAAAUUAAUGUGUUAAAUUUGCUGGAAGAAGUUUUGAGAGACCCUGACCUUCUGCCACAAGAAAGGAAAGCUACUGCAAAUAUACUGAG